AUGAGUUCGUUCAGCACUCGCGCUCUUACCCUGCUCUCCUCAGUGUUCGGGGCGUGUGGGCUCCUCCUGGUGGGCGUGGCCGUCUCUACAGAUUAUUGGCUGUUGAUGGAGGAGGGAAUCGUACUCCAGCAGAACCAGACCACAGAGGUGAAAAUGGCACUGCACUGUGGGCUCUGGAGGGUCUGCUUCGUCGCAGGUCCAGAGAAGGGUCGCUGUGUGGCCUCGGAGUAUUUCACUGAACCAGAGAUCGAGAUCACCACAGAGAACACAGCCAACAUCCUCAAAAUGGUUCGGACCGCCACCCCGUUCCCGAUGGUCUCCCUGCUCUUCGUGUUCACGGCGUUUGUCAUCAGUAACAUCGGACACAUCCGACCUCAGCGCACCAUCCUCGCCUUUGUCUCCGGGAUCUUCUUCAUCCUCUCAGGUCUGAGUCUGGUGGUGGGUCUGGUGCUGUACAUCUCCAGCAUAAACGAUGAGGUCAUGAACCGUCCUCGAGAAGCAGAGCAGUUCUUCCACUAUCACUACGGCUGGUCCUUCGCCUUCGCCGCCUCCUCCUUCCUGCUCAAAGAGGGGGCAGGUGUCAUGUCCGUGUACCUCUUCAUGAAGCGAUACGCAGAGGAAGAGCUGUACCGACCCCACCCCGCUCUCUACCGCCCCCGCAUGUCCGACUGCAGCGACUACAGCGGUCAGUACCUGCACCCGGACUCCUGGCCUCCACCCAAAAGGGGGCGCAGCGGUUCCGACGUCUCCUCGGACAUCUCCAUCCAGCUCACCCAGACCCCGCCCCCUCAGCAGCAACAAGCCACGCCCCCCUCCUCAUCGGGACCUUCGUCAGCAGCAAGCUACCAGCUCCAGCCCGCGUCUUCCUCCUCUUCAUCAUCGUACCCUCCGCACCCAUUGCACCCAGGGGCGACACCGAGCACCUCCACCCUCCCCCGAUCGUCCCACCCGCAGCACCCACACCCCAGUGGACCGCCACCCCAGUCCAUACCGCUACAACCACCGGCCGCAGUGCCUCCUCCCCGCUACCAAGCACACAUGCGGAUGAGCGCAUCACCAUGCUAGGCUAACACUAAGGGGCUAAUGCUAAAAAGCUAAAACAUCUGGGUUAUUUCUGUAUACAGGGCUAUAGAGUUAGCAUAACAGGAUUGUGGACAGUAGUAUGGACAAUAUGAAAUCAUUUAAGACUAUUGCAUCAGCUGUUGUUGUAAUUUUAGGUUUUACGGCUCGGCACUUUACGUUUUCUUACAUUUACUUAGGCUAGCUAGCUGUGGUUAGUUUGGCAGGCAGCAUGUACUAACCCGAUUCUGAAUAAGUUGAAAGAAUGGACAAAUGUAGCCUACAUAAAAAAGAAUGAAACUGUUU